AUGGACUGUGAAGUUGAAUUGCAAGGGGGAGAUCUACAUGCAGGUGUGGUAACUGAGACAAACCCUGUUGGUUUUGGCAUCAUGGAUGAUGCAGAAACGUUAGCCGUUGCUGAGAGAGAGAUGUGGCUUAACAGUGACCAAGAUGAUCUUCUUGGUGUGAAUGAUACUUCCAUGUUCUAUGCUGAUUUCCCUCCUUUACCUGAUUUUCCAUGCAUGUCAUCAUCUUCUUCCUCAUCCUCAACUCCAGCACUUCCAGUGAAUAACAUAACAUACUCCACCACCACUUCCUCCUCCUCCUCUUCCUCCUCGGCGUCGUCGUCUUCCGCCGCGUCAUGGGCGGUUUUGAGGUCUGAUGUUGACAUAGAGGAAGAUGCCGAGAAAAACAACAUCAACAUCAUCAAUAACAACAACUACAACAGUUACAUGCAGCAGAAUAAUGAUCCACUAGAUGCAACAACAACUCCUGCAGCGUUAUCAUCCACUGCAUCCAUGGAGAUUUCUCAACAACAUCUUGAUCCUGGUCUUGGUGCUAACACUGUUGGAGAUUGCAUGGAUGAUGUGAUGGACACUUUUGGUUACAUGGAGCUUUUAGAGUCCAAUGAUUUCUUUGACCCUUCAUCUAUUUUCCAGAGUGAAGAAAACCCUUUACCAGAAUUUACCCAAUUGCCACAGCUAGAUGAACAUGCAAUGGGAAUACAUCACAGGGAAUCUACCCAGCAACAAGGGGAAGAGGAGGAUCAUCAUCAUAAUCAUCAUCAGCUUCUUGUGUGCAACAAUAAUGGGGAAGAGAUCCAAGGAGAGGAAGGUGCAGGUGCAGGUGCAGGUGCAGGUGCAGGUGAUGAAAUGAGCAUGGUUUUCUUGGAGUGGCUUAAAUCUAACAAGGAUAGUGUCUCUGCUAAUGAUUUGAGGAGUGUGAAGCUGAAGAAAGCCACAAUAGAAAGUGCUGCAAGGCGUUUGGGUGGUGGCAAAGAAGCCAUGAAGCAAUUGUUGAAGCUUAUUCUUGAAUGGGUCCAAACAAGCCAUCUUCAGAAUAAAAGGCGCAAGGAGAAUAACAAUAACAAUAACAAUAUCAAUUCACAGUCAAAUCUCCUCCCACAAUUUCAGGAUCCAAGUCAAAACCAAAACACAAACACUAGUUCAUUUGCACCAGAAUCAAACGCUUGUUUCAACCAAACAACACCCUGGCUUUCAUCACCACAACCUUUUGGGACAGAUCAAGCUCCUCUCAUGGUUUCUCAAAUGCCUUUUUCACAACCCAUGGUUGGGUAUGUGGGUGACCCUUACACAAACGGUGCUACUUCAAAUAACAUGAAUAGUGGUGGGGGUACCCAAACCCAAAACAAUAACCCUUACCAAACUUCUCCUGAAUAUCACAUGCUGGAAUCAGCAAAUUCAUGGCCUCCAUCUCAGUUAAAUGUUUCUUCUCAUUAUAACCAAUCAUUUGGGGACAAUAAUCUUCAGGGGCUUCCACCUUCAGCUUUUGGAAGCUAUGGAAAUCAAUACCCUUAUCAGUUUUUCCAUGGCCCUGGUGAUAGGUUGAUGAGAUUAGGCCCUUCAGCUACAAAAGAAGCGAGGAAGAAGAGGAUGGCAAGGCAGAGAAGGCUUUUAUCUCAUCAUAGGCAUAACAAUCAUCAUCAGAAUCAUGCUUCUGACCCACAUGCAAGAUUGGGAAGUGAUAAUUGCACCACUGUUGUAGCUGCAUCUCAUGCAAAUCCUGCCAAUUGGAUGUACUGGCAAACUAUGGCUGGUGGGGCGGCUUCCUUGGCACCGGUUGUUCCGGUGGAGCAAUUGCCGGCAGCCGGACAACAGGUGGUGGACCGGUCCGCCAUGCAGACACAGAAUUAUCAUCAGGGUAGGGUCGCUUCUGAGAGGAGACAGGGUUGGAAGCCUGAGAAGAACUUGAGGUUCCUUCUGCAAAAGGUUUUGAAGCAAAGCGAUGUUGGAAGUUUGGGAAGAAUUGUUUUACCAAAGAAAGAGGCAGAAACCCAUUUGCCAGAACUAGAGGCAAGAGAUGGAAUUUCCAUAUCAAUGGAAGACAUUGGAACUUCUCGCAUUUGGAAUAUGCGCUAUAGAUACUGGCCAAACAACAAAAGCAGAAUGUAUUUGCUUGAGAACACUGGGGACUUUGUAAGAGCCAAUGGACUCCAAGAAGGAGAUUUCAUUGUGAUAUAUUCAGAUGUGAAGUGUGGCAAAUUUAUGAUAAGAGGAGUGAAAGUGAGGCAACAGGGGGCGAAACCAGAGACCAAGAAAGCAGGAAAAUCGCAGAAAAACCAGCAUGGGAACAAUGCAGCAACUACAGCUGGCGCUGGUGCUAAUAACGGCACACCAUCUUCACCUAAGCAGAAAAAUGAAAAAGCAGUGAAUUAA